AGGAAGCAAGACUCAGGACUGCUGGUGUCUGCGAUCCAACACUCAGACAGACAAAUGAACUGAGUUGUUUGGGAACCAUGAGUGACAGGAAAAGUAAAACACUAGAUUAAAGGGGAAGGAACUGAGCGAGGAGGUGGGUCACAGGGAAAGGCAGGGACAGGUAGAGUACUGAGGUAAUGGAAGGGUGGGGCAUGGAAGCAGGGACAGGCUAAGCUUGGAAAGAGGAGUCAGUGACAGGCAUUCAGGAGAAGCUUUUUACAAAGAGGCUGUGCGACAAAGUGUCAGGCCUAGGGCAAGACCUUUACAGAGAACCAAGCGUUACUGUCAGAGGGACACAAGAGACAGACAAUCCCAGGGAACAGAGAGCAAAGUACAACAAGGCCAGCAGCCUCCAUGGUAUAGGAGGACAAGAGUGACAGUCCCUGAGUGAAUAAGGAUUUACACGGGCGGGUAGACGUGUGGGAGAGUGCGACUGCACACUUGCUGCCUGACCAUGCAGGACACUCACUUCCUUAUGUCGGCCCUACAGCCGAGGACUGACAUAACUUCACUGGCGAUGCCCACGGAUUCGCAACUGGACCGGAAAAUGCGUGACGAGAGCCUAGAGCUGCGCAAUGCCCGUGUGCAGGAGCAGGUACGAGCUCGGAUGAUGCAAAGGGGACAGAGCGUAUCACAGAACAACUCCAGUAUCUCCAACUACGGAGGUACAGAAAGUUACUCCUCCCGAAGCCAGUACACCACCUUACCCUCGUCUUAUAGUUCCCGGUCUCAGGUGUUGGGCUCUGAACAAAGAAUAUCUUCUGCUCGACCAUCCGCCUAUUCCACCAUUGGAGCAGUUAGGUCAGGAGGUUACUCUUCUCGUUCUGCUGUGGAUAUUGGAGGUACACAAAGAAUCAGCGUGGCACCUCAGCAACGUGGUUAUUCCACCAGCCGCCCAACCUCUUACCAUGAACGUGUAUACCCAAGCCGGAGAGAAAGUGAUACAAUGUCACUGAGGUCCCUCCGCAUUGGCAAUGGAGAUGAUCGUUAUGACCAAGGGGCACCAUUUAAUGCAGCUUCCUAUGGGCGCCAGAUGUCCACUACCAGUGCUGGGCCAACACUUCAAAGAUCUUAUUCAGGCAACAUUGCCCAAGAUGGAGGUGGUACAACUUGGGUUGAGAGGGCAGAGGUGGCACAAACUCGGACAAUCCGGGCACCUGCCAUGCGUACUCUACAGCGUUUCCAAAGUACUAACCGGGCUCGCAUGGCAUCUGCUUCCUAUGGCACUCUAAAUGCAGUGUCUCCACAGCAGAUGCAACAGCAGUCCUCUGUCGGGGUAGGUUCUAAUUAUGUGUCUACCAUGCUUGAGCAGAGCUCACGUGCACCAUCUGUGAGAAGCCUGGCAGAAUCUGUACAUCAAAUGCAAGAUCUUCGAGGCGUGGAUGUUUUUGAUGGUAACAAGAGUCUAAUGAGCCAGCACUCCUUUACAAGUGGGUUCGAUGAUAUGGACAUGCCUUCGGCAGUAAAAUAUUUAAUGGCUAGCGACCCCAAUCUGCAGGUACUGGGCGCAGCUUACAUACAGCACCGUUGCUACAAUGAUGCAGAAGCCAAAACACAGGCAAGAAGCUUGCAGGCUAUUUCCAAACUGGUAAAACUUUUUAACAAACGCAAUCCGGAUGUGCAACGUCAUGCCACAGGUGCCAUGCGCAAUCUUAUUUAUGACAGUGCGGAGAACAAAAUGGCGCUAGUGGAGGAAAAUGGCGUAUAUGAGUUACUGCAGGCGCUGAAAGAGCAUGAUGAUGAUGAACUAAGGAAGAACGUAACAGGCAUUUUAUGGAACUUGUCUUCAAGUGAUAAUCUAAAAACAAGGUUGGCAAGAGACACUCUUGGCCCACUCACAGAUCGUGUCUUGACACCCCUGUCCGGCUCAGCGGGCUCAGCACUUAUUCAGCAGAAUGCAUCGGAGGCUGAAAUAUUCCACAAUUCUACUGGAUUUCUCAGGAACCUGAGCUCAGCCAGUGAGGAGACCCGCCAAAAAAUGCGAGAGUGUCCUGGUCUUCUGGAUGCCCUGGUUGGCUACACCAACAACGCCUUGCAAGCUGGCAAAAAUAGGGACAAGAGUGUGGAGAACGCGGUGUGUGUAUUGAGGAACCUCUCUUACCGUAUCUAUGAUGAAAUGCCUCCCUCCUGCCUGCAGAGAAUAGAAGGAAUCCAACGAGGACGCACCAAUGCUGGAGAUACAAUUGGCUGCUUCACCCCACAGAGCCGGAAACUCAAAGAGCAGCAGCAAGGCACUGACCUUGCCACCUUUGCAGAGAUUUCUCGGGACCCUAAAGGCAUGGAGUUGCUGUGGCACCCACAGAUUAUUGGUCUAUAUAACCGGGUUCUGCAGCAGUGUGAGCUGAACAGGCACACCACCGAAGCAGCGGCGGGCGCUCUGCAGAAUAUCACUGCCGGAGAUCGCAGGUGGGCAGCGGUUUUGAGUCAAGUGGCACUUGAACAGGAACGUAUUUUAAACCCUGUCCUGGAUCGCUUACGGACUGCAGAUAACACUGAGCUACGUUCUCUCACUGGACUCAUACGCAACCUUUCAAGACACGCCAAAAAUAAGGACGAGAUGUCAACCAAGCUAGUGAGCCACCUCUUGGAGAAGCUCCCAGGUGAGGGUGGUGAUAAGAGCCCUCCUCCAGAAGUUAUAAUUAAUAUAAUUGCUGUUCUGAACAACCUAACCGUAGCUGGGCCGCUAGCAGCAAGAGAUAUCGUGUACUUCAAUGGGCUGAACAAACUAAUGUACAUCAAGAAAAGGCGAGACAGCCCAGAAAAUGAGAAGGCCUCUCGUGCGGCCUCCAGCCUCCUCACCAACAUGUGGCAAUAUAGUAAACUGCACCGCGACUUCAAGGCAAAAGGAUACCGAAAAGAGGAUUUUCUCAGCUCGUGAAGUGGACUGCAUGUGUAGAUGAUAUGACCAGCUGGUUGGAGAUAACCAAUUAUUCUUCAGUGCUCAUACAUUUAAUUCUGCAACAUAUUUCUUUCUUUAAGACCAGUUGGGUUCCUCUGUUCAGACUCCAGUAGGCGCCAAUCACAUCGAUGAAUGUAAAUAGAUCACUAAGUGCAUAUGUGUGUCAUUGUAUUUUGUAAAAUGGCACAUUAAAGGGAUCGGUAUCUAUACAAUACUUACACAUGCAUGUACAUUUAAAUACUUGGAUUUUAAACAUUUGGAUUGUCAUUUGCAAGUUUAAAGGGGGGGGGGGGAUAAUAAAUUGUGUUGAUGCUUACGUUGAACAUUCAUUCUCUUAGCCUCUCAGAAUUGGCAAUUACUUUGCUAGACCUACAUUUAAAUUAUUUGGUAUUUUAUUCCUGGUAGCCAGAUUCGUAUAAGAAAGGCUGUUUUUUAUUAAAAGGUGUGGUUGGGGGUGUAGAUUUAAUUUUGAAGUUGCAAUGCAUCUCUUGCUAUUCCUUAGCCUCUUAGUUCACUUUCAAAUGGUAGCACAAAACAGGAUUUGCUGUGGUCUUUGACUGUGCCAAGACUACUCCUUGUUUGUGAGCCAAAAAGUAAAAAAAAAUGAAAAAUAAAAACAAAAAAAAUGGGGGG